GCGAAUGCUGGCUUGUACAAGGAGUCUCUUGGAAUUCUCUGUACGCCUUAGAAGAGCAGUGUUCCAGCUAGCGUCCACAGCUCAGUCUUCUAGUUUGCUUCGUGAGUAGGUGGCGACAAUAGAAUCCAAGUUCCUCUCUGCAGAGUUAACUACCGACCACCGACAUGGACGGUAGCGACGGUGAGAAACCGAAUGGUAGUGAGCUGAACUCUGGCAACAAUGAAGAAGCAACGUCAGAAGAACUUGCUAUGAUAGUGGAUUCCUUAAAUGCUGUGAACAGAGACGCAGAUAAUCCAGCACAAGAUGAAGGCGUCGAGAUGAUUAGCCUCGAAAAGAACUCGUGGGCGGUGAACGACAGCGACAACGAACGGCAAAGGAGAAGGUCAGAUACACUGCCGCUCGCGGAUGCAGAAUGGCAGUGCAGAAAUGGUUCUGAUGAUACAGCUGGGCAUCACACGGACGCAGAAGCAACACAAGCAGAAUCGUUUCAGAGCAACUUACCAGUCAGAAAACCAAAGAGUGUUGCAGUGAUGGUACUUCUAUGCAAGUGUUGCUGUGGGUCCUACCUCUUGACUGGCACCAUCAUCAUUUCUGCCUUCUGUGCGGUUUUGUGCCUUGUGCAGAUAGCAUUAGCGUACACUUCGCGCACCACUGAUAUUGAUAUGCUAAAGCCAGUUAUUUUGACAAACAUUUUUAUAGGCUUCGUGCUGUCCAUUAUCCGUAUUGUCUGUAGCAUACUUCUCCUCAUUGGAGCCAUUCAGAAGAAGGCUGGCAUGCUUCUUCCAUGGAUGGCUGUGGAAACCGUCGUGGAUGUAGGAACGGCUGUAGUAGGCAUUAUCUCAUGCAUUGUUUAUUUCCCGCAUGACGACACGGCUAUCUUCGGCUCUAUUGAGUAUGCUUUUACCGUCAUCUAUGUGUUGCUGGGUGGGUACUUCCUCGUAGUUGUCUACAGCUACUACCAGACUCUCUGCACCAACUCAGGUUCUGUCAGGCUUUUAGAGGACAGCGAGACUGCAGAGACUUGAAGAAAGGUGACUAGAGUUGGCAGCUUUAUUCGCCAUUACUUAUGUGAAAUGUGCCACUGAUGUAAUUACUACUGACUCUGAUUCUUACUUAUCGAUACAUCUGUCAAUGUUGAAGGAACUAAAGUUAUCAGCUCUCACUUCUGUUUUAGACAGUGCGUCUAGAAUCCAGGCUCAACGUUUAUAAUGAAUAGUGUCUAUAUUUCAGAAGCCAUAUAUUUCUGACGCAACUUGACCUUUCCAUUCUCACAAACAGAGAAUUGCAUAACUAAUCCCAGAUAGCACAGAAGUGUACAAGUAUUAAUUUUACACCUUUUUCAUAGAAAUUCGUAUAUAUCGUCCUCAACUGUUGCUUCUAGCAAAGGGUGGUUCUCUAUGUGCUGUUCAAUGAACUCAGAAAAAACUUAACUAUUUACUUCCAUUACGGUAAUUUCUACUACUGCAUUUCCAUUUUUGUAAGUGACUGAUGUACUUUGUAGCACAAAAUGUGAAAUG